AUGGGCAAUGUGCCAUCCUUUGAUAAGCAAUCACAACGCGGAACUACAAACCCGUGGAGGAAGUAUGGCGCCCUAAAAAAGCUACAUGAAAUCGGCGGGAUCGCUCCUCCUGGUAACACAAAAUUUGACCGGAAAAACAAAGAGGCCUUCAUUACAAUUAAGAAGGGUACAAGACCGCCACCACCUCCACGAUGUGCCGAAGUGACGCUGAACAAGGAUAAGCGAAAUCCUGGACUUUUGGGACGGUAUGUUCUCCAUUACUAUGGUACAAGACCGCCACCACCUCCACGAUGUGCCGAAGUGACGUUGAACAAGGAUAAGCGAAAUCCUGGACUUUUGGGACGCAUACAAUUGCCCAGGAAUGUACCUGCAGAACAACUGUCUCAAGCAAUUGCAUGGGAAAUCAAGGUAGUACCUGUAACUAUUGCAACAGUAAUGCUUUUACUGGUUUUAGUGCAUCAUGCUGAAGUGAUUGAAUCAAUUCUUUGA